AAGAUGAGUUAUCUGAACUAGAAAUGCCAGAUGAAAUGAAAUCAGACAAAAAGUUCAAAGAAGUAUUUAAACCCGAAGGUUGGGAAGGACUUGGAGAUGAAAUUGAAUUACCUGAAGAAUUAACCGAAGAGAAAUUACAACCAAUAUUAAAGAAAUUGUCAUUAAUGGGACAAGAAACGCAAAAUUCUUCCACAGGGUGGGGUUGGAAUAAUUGGGGUGUAAGUUCAUUAAUAAAUACAGCAACAGUUGGAGUUUCUGCAUUAACUAGUCAUGUAUCGCAUGGACUUACACUUUUAGAAGAAACUAUUGCUAUAGCAGAGGAACCUAAAAUGAAUGAAAUAGAAGACAAAGAAAGUUCUGCGAUCAAAGUUCCAGAUCAUAACACAGAAGAGCAAUCUGAGCAAUAUUCUUCAUUUGGAUUCGGAAACCUUAUCUCAGGUGUUUCUUCAAUCACAAAGUUAGUUGAAUCAACUGGAAGUAAAGUUAUGUCUGGUGGAUUAGAUACAUUAGAAGCUAUUGGUAAAAAAACAAUGGAAGUAUUACAAGAAGGUGAUCCAGGUUUAAAGAAGAAGAGAGCUAUUUUUAUAAAUGAAGCAGAAAAGCCAAUCUUGUCACAAGUUCUUAGAGAAGCUAAAGAAAAAGCAGAAACUGUUGAAAGAACAAUAGAAGAAAAACAAAAAAUGAGAAAAAUACAUUUUGAAAGCCUAUUCGAUGAUUAUCAAGGUCUUGUUCAUUUAGAAGCACUUGAAAUGUUGUCAAAACAAAGUAAUAUUAAAAUACAACAGCAUUUGACUAACUUAAAUACUACUGAAUUGACUUCUGUUCAAGAAACAUUAGAAGAUGUUAAAGAAUUAUGUGAUAUAGGAGAAAAUGAUGAAAAAGAAGGUGAAAUAAAUGAUUUGAAAUUCAAGCUACAGGAAAUUUGCAAUGAUCUUGGAGUUAAUAUUACAUACGAAAAAUUACAUAAUGUAUGCAAAGAAUCUGAAGCCUAUCUUGCAUUGGCUCUGUCACGUACUGAACGAGAUAUACUUGAACAAUUCAUUUCUACUUUGGCACAAUUUACUGCCUUUGCUGUAGAAAGGUUUCAUAAAACUGCAGAAUUACUUUUAAUCAAGGAACACAGAAGCACAGUUAAUGAAGCUGAUGCACUAGUUCAAUUAACACAUGCUCUUUCUAAUCAAAUCAGAAUAUUAGCCAAUGCAUAUUAUAAUGCUUUGCAUACGUGUUCUAAAGUUAAGGAAACAUCAAACAGUAUUAAAACAAAUACAACAACAAUCUUUACGGAGGCUUCAAAUGCAAGUACAUACAUUCAAGAUGCUUUCAAACUUUUAAUUCCCAUAAUACAAGUUGGUGCUAUUUAAUACUAAGGAAAAAGCUUCUAAUAACAGUUUAAUUGCAAAAAGGUAACGAAUUUUUUCUAAUAAUUAUGCACACUACUUUUGUAUUUUAUUUUGCUAUAGGGACCAAUAAAACAUUAUGGUUAUUACUCGUAACAUAUACGUUCAUAAUAUACACAAUUUUAAUUGAAUAUGAAAUUGUUUUUGUGUACAAAAUUUAAAUAAUAAAAUAAAGCUAUCUUAUACAUACCUCAGAAUUAUGUAAUGCAAUAUCAUCAAUAUUGUUUACUGUCACUAAUAUCACAUACACAAGAUAUGUUUUAAAACAUAAGGUAUAUUACAAAUCAAUUAAGAAUUUAUGUGAAAAAAAUAUAACUUAAUAUAUAUUUAAUAUGGUUGCUAAAUUAUAGCUGCAGGUGCAUUGUUAAUGAAUGCAUGUGAUUAAUGAUUUCUGUGUAAAAAUUUAGUUUUUGUAUAUUUCGUAUAAAACAUAUCUAUGUAAUUAAACAUAUCUAUGUAUACUGUAUUGGCUUUCAGUCAUUUCAAGGCCCAUCAGAUUGUUUAGAAUGUUUUUAUAAUAUUAUUUUAAGUAUAUCGUUUUUUGUCUUUUUUAAUUGUAGUUUUUGUUUAAGUUCAUCCUUUUAUAUUGACUUUUCAAAACGAGUAUUACUCGAGUAUCACUUUUUUGACAUAAGCUUUCAUUUAAUCAAAAUAAUAUAUUUAUGAUAUUAUUAACAUUGUCUUUUACGAUUUUAAAUAUUCACUGCAAUUAAAAUAUUACAAUAUUUCAGCAUUUUAUUUAUGUUUUACCGAUUCCUUUUUAUACAGUUACUAACUACAGUAUGUAUACAGUGUUUGACAUGGUUUGAAUAAGUUUUUUAUCGGUGCCAAGUAAAAUUUGUUUUGAUCUAUUGUCUAAAAAGCAUCACUCGCAGCUCUGGAAAAGAGAGGGAGGGGCUAAAUACAAAAUAUUAGCCUCGGGUAUUUAUUAGUUUCCAAAAUGUUAAUGAGGAACUUUCGCAUAAUACAUUAAAUCCUGCCUACGCAAACAUAAAUAAUCCAACAAUCUUCACUGUAGAAAUUGUCGUUGCUGACUGUUAAAUACUUAGAUCAGGGGUGUCGAACUGGGAGCGGGAAACUCUAUAAUGACUUUUCCCUCACGUAGAGUUACCCUCUCCAUAUCUAUUUUUGCCUAUUGUAUUAAUCAUUAUAUAGGGCUGCUCAGUAAAUACCUACAAAAUGUCGGACAGUUCCUAGAAUAGAGUUAAUAGGGAAAUAACAGCUGGUUGAAGUCACUAGCUUGAGAGCAACCAGCUCGACACCCCUGCUGUAUAGUAACAAAUGUACUGUUUCGAGGUUAUGUGUUCAAAUCUUAUGACCAAGAAAAUUUCUUACUUUUUAAAUUCCAUAUUUCUUUCUUUCUUUUACUCUAAAAGUUUUUAUUUCCUGUUUUUCUUAUUAUUCUUGUAAAAUGUUUUCUUUCGUUUUAUGUUAUUCUAAUUAUUUUAUACAGCUCAAAAUGUUACUAUGUAAUAAACGAUUGUAUCGCUGAAUCCUUGUAAACUUUUAAGUAAAUGAUAAUACUUAUUCAAAAAUAAUAAAAAAAUUUAGUUUGUAAGAUUUUGAUUAACUGACAGUAAUUGAUUACUAUAAUAUAUUCGUGUAAUUUUCAUUUUCGCAAAAGUAAUAUAUUUAACUUUAUUAAUUACUAUUAGGUGUGCCAUGAAAAUGAAUCUGUCUUCAAAUUUUAUCUUUGUUUUUGUAAAUAUCUAAUUUAUUUUUCAAGAAUGGAAGAGCAAUGUAUUAAAUAAAGAAAAUAUAAACCUAUGGUAUAAGAUCAAAACUGUUAUACAAGAUUGCAAUCACGUUAUUGUAUUUACUUUGGAAUCUUCAAAAAAGUUGUGUUUAUACUGGAAGGAAGUUCUAUGUACAUAUAUAAGGACAUACCUCACAAUAUAAAUUUUAUAUUUGCAUUAUUUUUUAAGAAUAAUGUACCUUAUAGGAAUUCACUAAUAAAAUAAUUUUCAAAAUAAAUAUCUUUCAA